AUGGCAAAAGCUAUACCGAAAAUUAGUUCGCGUAGGAGUGGACGUAUUGGUUCACGUAAGGGUGCACGUAGAAUACCAAAGGGAGUUAUUCAUGUUCAAGCAAGUUUCAAUAAUACCAUUGUCACUGUUACAGAUGUACGGGGUCGAGUAGUUUCUUGGUCCUCUGCUGGUACUUCUGGAUUCAAAGGUACGAGAAGAGGAACACCGUUUGCUGCUCAAACCGCAGCAGCAAACGCUAUCCGGACAGUAGUGGAUCAAGGUAUGCAACGAGCAGAAGUCAUGAUAAAAGGUCCCGGUCUCGGACGAGAUGCAGCAUUACGAGCUAUUCGUCGAAGUGGUAUACUAUUAACUUUCGUACGGGAUGUAACUCCUAUGCCACAUAAUGGCUGUAGACCUCCGAAAAAAAGACGUGUGUAG